GUGGGGGGUCCGUCUAAUUACUCAAAGCUACUCAACAAGCUACCCAAAGCUUAGACGAAAAUAAGCUGCUGGUGAUUCCAAAACAAGACCACAGUCCAAGUGACGAUGUUGUGGAGCGACUUAUCUAAGACACAUUGUUGCUUGGAGACUGUUUGUUGGCAUAUCGGCCUUCUGUAUCGACCUAACCUAACCAACCUACCCAAACCUAUAGUAACAAAACCUAACUUAACCUAUCCAAACCUAACUUAAUAUAACCUGUAGGCAACAAUAUAUCUUGGAUAAGUCGCUCCACAACAUUCUCAUUUGGAUUGUCAGCUUCCUAUGGCCUUUCAUGCCACUUAGUUUCAUCUAAUUUUGUUAUAAACUUCUAUUAUUUCAGAGUAAAAAUAUGUUUUUUUCAUGUUCUACCUUCAGCACCAACAUUGUAGUGAGUAAAUAUAUCAUAUUUCUUCAUUACUUACAUAAUACUAGGAAGAUUUGGGUAGCUUUGAGUAGAUUUGGGUAGCCUUGGGUAAUUAGACGGACCAACCCUAGUGGCCUCGAUGAAGACAGGAAGCCGGCGGCUUAUCCAAGGUUCCCCAUUUGCCUUGAUGAUCUUUUCCAGAAUGGCAUCUUUAGAAAUAUGGAGACCAGUAGAGGAAUCUGAAUGGAGAGCAUUAUCAAGCAUGGGCACCCAGUGGAUGGUUAAAUCAUUUGCAAGCAACCAAGGAUACAUGGCAAUGGUAACAGACGGAUGUGCACUCUGGGGUGAGAACAGGGAUGCAAAGUACAUCCACAAACAGGCAGAGGUUUGGGCCCCUUGUGUGGAGGGAGGCAUUAAGGAGUUAUCAAGUCUGGUAUUAGAAGAAUUGACCAGACUGAAUGUCAAAGUAUUGUGGAUGGGUAACAGGGAGAGUCUAACCCUCAGCAUUUCUUCUGAACUACAUGAUUUGUCAUACAAAUGGCAGUUUGAAUUGAAGCGACUUUCAGAUGAGCUGUUCAGUCAUCACUGGGUUACACCCAUGCUGGUGCAGAUCCAGCUGUUGGGUUCAAGAGUGAAGCAACUCACUGCAGAGGUAAAACACAAACAGAGGCAGUUGGAGGAACUUCUCCCGGACAUCAAAGCAUCAGCCCAAAACUGCAAGACCAAUAUUAAUAAGGACAGCACAAUUGAAUCUGCUACUGAGGCAGUUUUAGUUAAAGGACCAUGGGUAGUGCUUCAGGACCAUCUUACUCAUUAUCCACUAAUUAUGAGGCAUCUUGCUGAAGUACAAAAUAAAGCCCCUGGUAACACUGUGAAUGUAUCAAUACCAGGUGGUGGGAAAAAAUUAUGUCUCAUCUCCAACAAUGGAAAUCAGAGCAGCAAAAAGCCACUGGAGUUGGAGACAGAGAUGGACGUAGAGAGGGAAGCUGAAAAAGAGAGAAAGCGUAGAGAAAAAAUCCAAGAGAUAACACAAGGAACUGCCAUCCCAGCAACACAAAUUAAAAAAAAGAAGAAACUGAACAUAUGAGUUCUAUAGUUCUAUAUUCAUAUACAGUUCUAUAUAGUUCAUAUUUGGCAGUUUACUCUAGUCUUUAAUUGAUUUAAAAAAUACUGAAAAUAAGAUUAACAAUUGUGAAAUGCAAGAAACUUGUGAUAGGAGAUAUAACUUUAAUAAUAAUAAAAAUUGUAAUGGAGAAACUUACUACCAUGUCAUAUUGCUUAAAUGAAGGUGAAUGAAAGACCCAAUUUAUGUUUAAGUGUAUCAAAAACAUAAUUUUUAGAUGUAUCCUACAUCCUACAUUUCUCAGAAUAUAGUACAGUGGUACGUCCGCUUUCAAAUUUAAUCCAUUCCCAGAGACGGUUCAUAAACUGAAAAUUCAUAAACCAUAACGAAUUUUCCUAUAAGAAAUAAUGUAAAUUGAAUUAAUCUGUUGCACACUCCCAAAAAUAUUAACAUAAAAAUACAUUUUAUACAGAAUACUACUCAUAUUUUUCGUACACAAAACAAUCGGGUAUAAAUAUUGUAACGUACGAUUGUUACGUUGUUGGGUA